AUGGAACCAGCUAUCCGUUGCAUUGCAGAAGAUGGUCAGUGCACUCCACAACAAUGCGCUCAAACAUGGGUAAUUUGCGUCGAAAGACUCAAAAAGAAGCUAGCUUAUCAUAGUAUGGUAUGUGCAAGAUGUCCAAUGUCAUUGUUAUAUUGCUAUUCUGCUGGGGAUGUUGGAAUGAGUGCACAACGAGUUUCUCAUUUGGGAGCCGAUGUAUCGUUUUCGUUUGCUUGCGGCAAGUCUCAAAUACCGUCUAAAGUAAGCGUUGCUCAUUCUCCAUUCUUUCAAGCUUCGAAUUGGAGCGCGAUGUAUGUAAGGACAUGCAGCUGA